GAACGUGGAAAUAAUCUUCAUUGACUCUUGAUUUGUCAGUGUCAUACACUUUGACCUAGUGCGUAACCCGGAAGUGUAGUCCCGUCUGCAGUUUACACAAUGAUGAGACUGGAUGACAACGAUGAUGACGUCUCCCUGUUUGAUGCCGAGGAGGAUACAGGCAGAGGAAAGUCAAAGAAGACUAAAAUCAAGCAUCCAGUGGCCUCCUUCUUCCACCUAUUCUUCAGAAUGAGUGCCAUCCUGGUGUACCUGCUCUGUGAGCUCCUCAGCAGUAGCUUCAUCGCCUGCAUGGUCACCAUCAUCCUUUUCCUGUCAGCUGACUUCUGGACCGUUAAGAAUAUCACAGGCCGGUUGAUGGUAGGCCUGAGGUGGUGGAACCAGGUGGAUGACGAUGGAAAAAGCCACUGGGUUUUUGAGUCCAGAAAGGGGAAUUCAAAGCAGCCGGUGUCAGACUCCGAGUCGAGGAUCUUCUGGCUGGGUCUAGUCGUGUGUCCUAUCAUCUGGGUCUUCUUCGUCUUCAGCACCCUCUUCUCCUUCAAGAUUAAGUGGCUGGCUGUGGUGAUCAUGGGCGUGGUGCUACAGGGGGCUAACCUGUAUGGCUAUGUUCGCUGUAAAGUGGGCAGUCGGACGAACUUGAAGAACAUGGCUACUAACUAUUUCGGAAGGCAGUUUCUUAAACAGACAAUGACUAACCAAGAGGAAUCAUAAAGAAGAACGUCGACUCUUAAGAUCUGAACAUAUGUUUGCAUUAUUCUGAAUGCCGUUGUAUAUCUGGAGUUUUACUAGCAACUAAUACUGAAUAGAAAUCUUUUGGGACAUUGCUUACCUUUGACGAGUUUUCCCAUUGUGAUACCAUUUCAGGAGAGAAGUAGCAUCAUUUGUAGAUAAGGUUUUUCCACUGUAGCUCUACUGACUCAAAGCAAAUCCCUUCUCUGCUUUGACGUUUUGCAUAUUAUCCCGAGACUUUAUACAAUAACAAUGAAAUGUUGUUUCUGACUUGUAUUAUACAAACAUGUUGCAGGGUAUAAUAUUGAUGGUUGUAAAUAUAGAACAUCAAGGUCAUGUGUUCAUGUUUUUGUGCAAAUACAUUUAUAACAUUUCAAAAUGA